AUGGCCGCUGAGGCACCCAGCCGCGCCCGCCGUGUCGCGCCCCCCCUCCGCGCGCUGGCGUCCCACGCGACGGCGCCGGCGGCGCGCGGCGGCGCCGCCGGGACCGCUGCGGCGCGUGCGCUGGACGUGGGUAAUGUGAUUGCACUGGAGCACAUCAAUAUCGAGGUGCCCGACCUCGAGGCGGCGCGCCUGUUCUACUCUGAGGGGCUCGGCUUCACAAUCGACCCUGACACGACGGGCGCGGAGCGCAGCGGCGCGCGCGGGCUAGGAGUCGUUUGGUACAACCUCAACCGGCAGCAGCUGCACAUCUGCCGCGGCCCCGAGCCCCAGCGGCUGCCGGCGGGCGGCGCGAUCGGCCUGGUGGUGCACAGCGUGGAGCGGGUAGCUGCCCAACUGGAGGUCGUGCAGUCUCUGCUGGGAGAGGUGACGGUGGCGCACCUGGGGCCGGGUGUGCUCGAGGUCAGGGACCCCUGGGGCAGCGCCUACAUCGUCAGGGAGGCGGGGGACGCCACGCCUGCGGCGCUGCAGGCUGGCGGCAUCUCCGAGGUGCUGCUGCCUUGUCACCUGGGCGCAGCCGUGGCAAUCGGACGGUUCUACGAGCGCGUCCUUGGCGCGCGCGUCGACUAUUCCGCGGGCCAGGCGUCCGUGGUGGUGGGCGCAGGCAGCGCCCUGGUCUUUAAGGAGGACGGCUCCCUGGGCCAGCGCUCAGACCAGGCGGUCGCCGCGCUGCACACUGGGUGGCACGCCGCCAUCUACGUGGCGGAUUUCAGCGGGGUGUUCAGCAGGGUGGAGGCCCUGGGGCUCAUCGACAACAACCACCCCUACAGGGAUAAGUGCUACAGCAUCGAAGACGCUCUGCGCAACAAGCAGUUCCGCUUCAAGGACGUGCUGGCGCUGAGGGAGGGUGGCAGUGACGACGAACUGGCGAAAGAGGGCCUGGCCUACGUGCUUAAUCACGAGGUCCGCAGCAUGCACCACCCGCGCUUUGUUAGGCCACUGUACAACAGGCAGCCGCCACGGCGGUGA